AUGCAGUGCAUAUAUGCAGCUCAAUCCUUCACCAACUACUUCCUCUUGUGCUUUGUUUACUGCACAGCGUUGUCAUGCAAAACCGGUGAGCAGGGCCUAUUAGGUGUCCUGCGACGACGAGGCUUGCAGUAUUUCGUUCUAGCUCUAAUUGACGUUGAAGCCAAUUACAUGAUCGUCUAUGCAUAUCAGUUCACUAACCUCACAAGUGUGCAGCUCCUCGACUGUUCGGUCAUUCCAACAGUUUUACUGCUUUCGUGGUUGUUCCUCUCAGUUCGAUAUCUAAUUUCCCACAUAAUAGGUGUGUGUAUAUGUUUGGUAGGCAUUGCUUGCUUGAUAUGGGCCGACAUUUUGGGUGAAAAGGGAACCAUCGGAGGUAGUCACCGGGUCAUUGGCGACCUUUUGUGCCUUGGUGGUUCAGUGCUCUAUGCUGUAGCCAACGUGUCUGAAGAGUUCCUGGUGAAACAGCAUAGUCGAAUGGAGUAUCUUGGAAUGGUCGGCUUGUUUGGGUCGCUUAUUUCUGGAGUUCAACUGUAAGU